CAUUUCCAGUAGAGACAGAAAAGUACUGGUUUGCAGUGGGUACUUCUGUGAUCUUAGGAAUAGUCUUGUGCUGUAGAGGUCAUUAAUGCUCAAGAGGGAUAAUUGCAGACUAUAAGAUGUACAGGAAGAAAGCUAUGGUAUUUCCCAGAAGUUUUUUAUUGUGGCCACUGUAUUCUGUGACUAUUUAUCCUUAACUUCCUUUUCCUCCUCUUACUUCACUAACACAUAUGAAUGCCUGCAUGCCUCAGAGUGGAGGCUGCAAAAGAAGGGAAAACCAGUUAGGGAUCCCAGUUAUUGUUUCCUUUCUCCCUCAAAUCUGGAAAAGCUGCAUGUGGUCUCAACCCCUGGGCGGCAGGGGGGUGUCAGGCCAUGCGGUCCAUUCUGGAGGUUCCAGUCUUGUAUUUCCCUGUUUGUGUCCAUGUACACGGAGGGGUGAGAGGACCAUAUGUAGGAUCUCCUGCUCCCUGGUGCCAUUAAGCAUAGCCCUCGCUUUGCAGCCAGGAAGGUCUUGGUGCACCUCCCUACAAAAGAUGUUUGAGCAGUGAGGUUCUGGAGUGGCCUUGGCCAUACUUUGCUCCAGAGCAGUACUGGAAGCAGAACACCAACCUACUUCUGAGCAGACAGAAAUUGGUACCUGAGAGGGCUUCUGUGGUAUAAAACCUACUAUCACAAGAAAUGUGAUGGGAUCCAGAGGUCCCUUCCAGCCCUAGUAAUCACCAUAGACACCACAGACUUCUCAGGAUUCUGAAUUUUCAGCUUGGUAAGGAAUGUACACUUGUGUGAGGAAAAACUCAGAGCUGGGAGGAGUGGAUUAUAUGGGGCUUUGUCCUCACCAUUGUUCUCUCCACCUCUCCAAAAGGGAUCCCUUUGCCAUCCACCGGCAGCACAUGAACCGCAUGCUCUCCGGGAGUUUCGGGUUCGGGCCGCUCCUGGGCAUCACGGAUGGGACCACACCUGGGGCUCGCCCGGCUGGCCGCAGGAUGCAGGCAGGAGCCGUUUCACCCUUUGGGAUGCUCGGCAUGGCAGGUGGCUUUAUAGAUAUGUUUGGGAUGAUGAACGACAUGAUUGGAAACAUGGAGCAUAUGACAAGUGGUGCUAACUGCCAGACAUUUACCUCCUCAACUGUCAUCUCUUAUUCCAACCUGGGUGACGGGCCCAAAGUCUAUCAGGAGACCUCAGAGAUGCGUUCAGCACCUGGCGGGAUCCGUGAGACAAGACGAACCGUAAGGGACUCGGACAGUGGCUUGGAACAGAUGUCGAUCGGACACCAUAUCAGGGAGAGAGCCCAUAUCAUGCAGCGGUCCCGGAACCAUCGCACAGGUGACCAGGAGGAGAGGCAGGACUACAUCAACAUGGAUGAAAGUGACGCAGCCGCAUUUGACGACGAGUGGCGGCGAGAGACGUCCCGGUUCCGGCCGCAGCGGGGCCUGGAUUACCGGCGUCACGAAGGCAGCGGUGGCCGGCGGGCCGAGGGGACUCGUCUUGCCAUCCAGGGCCCUGAGGAUUCUCCCUCCAGACAGUCCCGCCGGUACGACUGGUGAACUCGGAGCAGACCUUGUGGGGGGUGCAGUGUGGCCACCCCCAAAUCUACCUACACGCUCUUGU